AUGCAGCCUCUCAUCUCUGUGGUGCUGGCCGGCCUCGUGCGACUCGGGGCAGCUUUCACGACGCCAGGCCAUGUCGGAGAUUCACCUUGCGCUGUUGAGCAAGCCCCGGCGGCGUUGUUGGCUGCUCACCGCGAGCUGGCGGCUGCGGAGAAGCAUCACUUGCUUCGUCGAAACGAAACAACCCAUACGCCUCCAGCGAUUGUUGUUGAUGUCUACGUGCACGUCAUCUCAAUGUCAGAAACACACUUCAGCCACUUCAGCAACAAUACCAUACAUGAGCAGAUAGCCUUUCUCAAUACCUAUUAUAAGCCGGGUAAUAUCUCAUUUGUCCUGAAAAGUGCAAGUUGGACUGUGAAUCCACAACUUUCCGAGGGCGAGGACGAGCAGCGUAUGAAGCUACUACACCACAAGGGCGAUAACCGACAUUUGAAUAUUUACUACGCGAACCAUCCAAGGGGACCUGGAAUUGACGCUUCCAUCUCUAGCUGGCCAAGUGACAUGGUGGGAACGCCGCUGGGGAUUGAAAUGGAUGGCAUCAUGAUUGCGGCCAUCUGGCUUUAUACGGAUAAACAGGUCGUCGUUCACGAGGUCGGUCAUUGGUUCGGACUGAUGCACACAUUCGCGAACGGCUGCAUCGGCAACGGCGACGAGAUUGACGACACUCCCGCACAUGCAGGCCCAUCGCGCGGGUGCUCUGCGAUGCCACCACUCGACACUUGUCCUGGAGAGCCUGGCAACGAUCCCGUUCACAACCCAAUGAACUAUAUACCCGAUUCUUGCAUGGAAACGUUCACGCCCAGGCAAUUCGAGCGCAUGCGGUCGUUUUGGACAAAGUAUCGCUCUCAGCCGAUGCAGAGACCCAGCUACCCGACUGAGCUGCAACCUAUCCAGCCUGUCGACAAGGGAGGGAGCUUGCCCUUCUACUCCGGGCCAGUCAAUCCAAUUUUGGCAGAAUUACGAUGUUUUCCCGACGAAAACGGCAAGAUCGAGGAACGUUGA